AUCUUGAAUUUGAAAAUUGAUUAAAACUAAUCCGUGGUCUGAAUUAUGGAGCAAUUUCCGUGAGAAAACAAUUUUCAAAGAGAUCUAUUUCAAGUUGUAGAGAAACGUGGAAACUAAGACAGAGCCAUCUUUGAGGCAAAGUGAAACAAAUAUCGGCCUCGAAUAUAGACUCCUCACGUGGACUAUGGUGCAAUAUUAACUGUGAAUAUAUAAGUAAACAAAACAGGUUGGUGUAUAAUGACGGUAAUAUAAUGAAAAUUUUAUGCGUUGUUUUUGUACAGGCCAGCUAACUGUGUGAAGAGUACAUAAUGUGGACCGCCAUUGUUUAUAUUGUAGUCCUGUUUCUUAUUGUACGAGUAACGAAACGGCUGCUAUUCAGAUCGAAGUUACAGCCCUUGGAAAGUAAACAUGUAGUGGUGACAGGUGGUUCCAGUGGUAUUGGAAAAUGUGUAGCUAUUGAAGCUGUCAGUAGAGGUGCACAUGUUACCCUAAUAGCCAGAGAUGUCAAGAAGUUGGAAAGUGCAGUCGCAGAAGUGGCAAAAUACUGUCUCCAUCAUGAGAAGCAGAAAGUGCAGUUUAUAUCAUUGGAUGUUAGUGAAAAUUAUGAAGAUAUAGAGAAGGCACUUCUUGAUGCUGAAGAAGAGAAUGGCCCUAUAUCAAUGCUUGUGAAUUGUGCUGGAAUGGCAAUAUGUGGGAGGCUGGAAGAUACUGCUGUGGAAGAUAUUAAGCGCCUGCUGAACUUGAACUUCUUGGGAACUUUGUAUCCUACCAAAGCUGUCAUAUCACGUAUGAAAGGAAGAGGCGAGGGCAGGAUUGUGAUUGUUGCAUCUCAAGCUGCCUUGUUGGGGAUAUAUGGCUAUACAGCAUACAGCAGUACGAAGUUUGCCCUGCGUGGUCUUGCCGAAUCUCUGCACAUGGAGGCAAAACCGUACAACAUAUCAGUCACACUGUCUUUCCCACCUGAUACAGACACCCCUGGAUUCGCUACUGAAGAAAAGAGCAAACCAAUGGAAACAAGAUUAAUUUCACAGUCUGCUGGGCUAGUGUCACCUGAAGUUGUAGCAAAACAGAUCAUCAUGGAUGCUUUAGCUGGAAAUUUCUAUAGCACUGUUGGUGCCGAGGGUUUCAUGCUAACAACUCUCUGUGCAGGAAUGACUCCUGUAUCCUCAUUGUUUGAACUUGUUACUCAGGUCUGUUUAAUGGGAUUUAUGAGGUUGGUGAGUGUUUGUUACUUGAUGUCAUUUCACCGAAUCAUUCGCAACUGCAUGAAGACAAGGGACCAGACAAAAAAAUUGGAAUAAGGAUAUUAAACAGAUGUUAAGGGUUUUUAUCUAACAUAAGCAUUUUAAUUAUGCUUCCAGAAUACAAGAUUAUGUGAUUUCGUGUGUACUUAUACUGGGGAGAAAUUAAAUGAAGUACAAAGUC